UUACGAAAAUCCGUUGUAUAGUUUGAGAGAUAAAUCAUUUCCAAAUUUACUAGUAAAUUUUAAUUAGGUCAUCUAAUUAGGGACAGAGGGAAGUAUAAGUUUUGGGUGCAGGAGGAGAUCUGUAGAGGUGAAACACCUGCUGCUUCUUUCAGGAGGAGAUCUAUACUUAACUUUGUGUAACGAUGAAAUUGAGGAGCAACUAUGUUUAUGAAUAUCAUCCCCCUGUAGAAGAAGUAGAAAAGAAUUGGUUGCAAGGGAAGUCGAUGCUGCUAAAAAUGUUUUGAGGACAGUUCAGUCUUCAUAUGAUGUUGUUGUUGUUGCCCCUGGUGUUGAUGUCGACAAGUUAAUGCCAGAUGCUUAUAAAGAAGAAGAAUCUCUUGAACCACAAAGAGAUGAUGAUAUCUGCUCUACCACAAGUACCAUAGACUAUGAUUUCGAGUACACAGAUGAAGAAUAUCCAAGUGAAACUGAAGAUGAAAAAAUGGAAGAGAGCGAACAAUCCUUCCAAUGAAGAGUAUUUUUACAAGUUUCUAGAUGAUGUAAUAAUAAAACUUGUAAUAAAUAAAAAUAAAUAAAAAUGCAAGUUUGAGACCAACCUUUAUUCACUGGAAGAGGCCGAGCCAGUCCAACUCCAAUGAAGAAAGAGAUUGAUGAACAAGUACAAUCAAUUGAUGAUUUCUCCGGGAUUGUUGUCCCGGAUAGUGAUGACUCGGAGGGUGAUGACGAGGAGAGUGAUGACAAGGAGAGUGACAACGAUAGUGCACGGCCAGACAAGAAUGAUUGGGUUGCUUCAUGGAAUAAGAAAGAUCCCCGAGAGCUUAAGACUUGGAUUGAUGUGUAUGCUUAUUUCAGAAAGGAACAAGGCGAUGGAGGAUAUGGAGUAAUUCUACGCAAUGUGGUCGGGAAGCCAAUCGUUGCAUCAGCCAAGCACUCAGCAGAAGGAAAAUCUUUUUUUUUUUAUCAAGUGUUGUUGGGAAUAAAGGUUGGUCUCAAACUUGCUGAAAGACAUGUGCUUUUUGAUCACUCUGUCCGGUGCAAUUCAAUUAAAGUUCCACAGCUCAUUUUGGAUGCACGUCGCUGCGAUGAUGUUAAAUGCAAAGAGACAACUGAAAUUGAUAAUAUUUGCAAGGGGUGUAGGAGUUAUCUUAACUUUUAUGCGGGUGGCGAUGUGGGUUUGUUGCCUCUUAUCCAGGAUCUUAAACGCCAAAAAUUCCUACCUGUGGCAGGAUUUUCAAGGGUUUCCAAUGAAGCUGCACAUUAUCUGGCAAAAAUGGCAAAGAAUAAAAGACUUGCAGGUGAGGAGCACAAUGAGAUUAAGCCAGAUGCUUUUCCACCAGAGCUAAAAGAUAUUCUUUGGGAAGAUGUUAUUCGUUCAUUUAGCUACCGAUUGGUACCAUGGUACUAAAGAAGAUAUGAAGAGGACUUUACCUGUGUUUUAUGUUUGAACAAUUAUUAAUUAUGUUUACAUGUUGAACGGAGAUGAAAACCUACUG